UUGUACCUGAACUGAAGCUUGUCCCAAGAUUGCCUACCUCCCAGAUUACGUGGCAAGUCGCCUUGGCCUACAUACCAAAGUCUUUGUCAGGUAUUGACAUUAUUCUUGUGCUGUCAUUAUGAUGGAAGAAGUGAGCAGUGAUGACCACAAAGAAGUGGACCCAGGCCUGCCGGGAGAGGAGGCGCAAGAGGUCGCACCAGCAGGAGAUGGAGGCAGUCCUCAGCCACCAGUCCCAGACAGCACUUCAUCCCUCCUGUCUGGAGUUCCCCCUCCCCAGCCGCUUGGGAGCCACAUCUACCCACCACCACCCCCUGCCGGUGACCUAGGGGCUGUGUCGUCCUUGGGGCAGCAGCAGCCUCAGCCACAGAUCUUCACACCAUCCAUGCCUGCUGAGCCAGUGGGUACAUCAGGGUACUCGUAUGGGGUGGUGUCAAGUCCUGAUCCACAGAGCCCUCCACCAAUGGAAAUGCCUCAUCAGUCCAUCGCAAGCAGUAGUACCCCAGAGGUUGACCCCAACCCCCACCCUGAAUCAUUAGGAGGGGGUGGGGGAGGGGGCCUCUUUGGAUGGGGCAGUGGCAUUAUGAGAAAGGUCAUGGAGAAAACCAAGAGCUCAGUUGAUACAAUGAUAACAACACUAGAUCCUGGUAUGGCAGCAAUAAUCCGUUCUGGUGGGGACGUGGAUAUCAUUGUUGCAUCAGACAAAGAGGUGAAAGUAGCGGGAGUCCGAGAUGCAUUCCAGAAGGUGUUUGGUAAGGCCACGGUUACCGGUCUGGCAGCCCAGUCUAACAUCGCACCUCAGCCCGAGGGGUACGCAGCGGGCUUGAAGGGGGCGGAGGAAAGGAUAACAAAUCUUAGGAGGAGUGGGGAGGUACAUGAGAAACAACCCAUGGUGUCAGUGGAGAGCUUCAUUGCUGAGCUGCUUCCAGACAAGUGGUUUGAUAUUGGAUGUGUCAUCCUACAAGAUCCCUACCAUAACAUAAACCUGGAGAACUUCACCCAGGCCACACCCAUCCCCUCUGACCUGGUGGAAGAGGCGCAGAGAAUGACCCCUCCGGACUACAACCUGCGGUGGUCUGGCCUCGCUGUGACCAUCGGUGAGGUGAUUGAGAGAUCAAACCAGGGGAUUCCCCGAUCAGACUGGCACAAGGCCUUCACAGGGAUGUCCAGACAGGAGAUGAUUUAUAGUGCAGCCAUCUCGUUAGCAGGGACCUAUAAGGUCCAGCUGUCAGGGAAGACCCAAACUCUGUGAAUCGAACUCUAAGGGUUGUACGGAGGACUUGACUGAAUGUAUCAGGGUACUAGUGUGGUGUCCACAUAGAAGAGGAACUCGGCUCAAAAGUGAUGGUUGCUAUCUGUGGCUUGAAGACUUCCUAUUGAAAAGAUUGUAUGGGAAUGAAUGCAUGCCAUGAGUAGGAUUGUAAGAACACUAUAUACUCUAAGGCAACUAGACACAUUCACACAUAGUCAAAUCAGACUUAAUUUUCCAACCAUCUUUUUGAGGCAAACGAUGCUAAGGCAAAGAUAGAUAGCAGUUUUGUUAGGUCGGUAUACAAAUUUUGAGAAUAAUGCAAGAAAGUGUGCCUGCAUGUGUACACACUGUAGCUACCUCUAGGAAUCUCGAUUCUGUUUGUAUCGGCUUUAGCAUCAAGCCAUCGAGCUAGGUGUCCAAGUUCCAGGUGUAGAAGUAAGUGACAAUCAAAUGAUGCGCAAUGUCAACAACUUAGUAAUAAAUGAAUGAAUUUUUUGUUUUGUUGGGGGGUAGGGGGGGGGGGGGAGAAUGAUUUGGCAACUGAUUUAAGCUUUGCUAGAGUUAGAGCUUCUAGGACAAAUUAGGGUCUGCAUUGAAAAGCUAUGAUUAUGAUAUGAAAUGGCUCCAUCCAUCUUCAAAUUUUAUAUAAAUGAAUUAGUAUGCACAAAAUUGUAAGAUACUUUUAUAAAUUAGUAGUUGGAAUUGCAAGAGUUCUGGUCUAGUAGAAUAUAAACUUGCCAUCCUUGUGCCUUUGGAAUUUGAAGAUCAUUAAAGAUCAAAGAAGCUUUUCUACCUUGUUAAUUUUAGAUCAAGAGUUGAUUUUUGUGGAUCCUUGUAUAAUAUUUCCUGUUUAUGACACUGCAUUCAUUGGCAACCAACCUUCUUAUCUUGUCCAUACAAUUACCUUUAUUCUGUGACAAAAUGACUAUAAAAUAGGAAUUAAGUCAGUCAUAAAAUGAAAAUGAGUGAUUGGAUUAAUGGGGACCCAUCACGAGACAGACCGACUGUAUGUGGCUACAUCACUAACUUGCUGAGUAGAUAGUUCUAUCUACUUGGUCAGGGUGUAAACUUGAACUUGAUUUAGAAUAGAUAAUUUUAUGACUAUCAGCCAUUGAUAAAAUAUUUGAAUGUUUGAGGAUAGUUCUGAAAUAAAUUUGGAGUAUUCCAAAUUUCUAUAUGAUUUGAUUUUUGAAUAAAUUAUUUAAGAAUUUUAUCAUUUCUUAUUUGGGAUAAUUCUGUCACGUUUCUUGUCUAGAAAGGAAAGAGGGAAGAACAUGUGGUUUGUUUCCUAAAGUUCAAAGUUGAGUUCAGAUAUACAUGUUCCUGUGCUAUUUUCUUUAUAUCAAACUUACACUGUAAUUUUGUUUUUCUUUAGACAUUCUGUCAUGUUUACUUUGUCUCUAAUUUGUACGCAUUUGAUAUUUCUUCCUUCAAUAAUUCCAUGUUUGUUUUCUUUCGUCUAGAGAAAUUGUGUUUGUGAAACACGGCAUUUUUAUUUAUAUAUUAUUAUAAUACGGCUGUAGGCUGAGCUGAAGUAUUCAAUUAAAAAGAAAGUAGAAAAUGCAAA